AUGACCGAUCGAAGGAACAAGAAAUUCCGAAAAGUACGUUACUUUAUUUGCUAUUGUUAUUGUUCAGGACCAACUGGACUCCAAUAAACUAUCCAAGGAGCAGGAAGCAUGGGCCAAUUUUGUAAGGUUUAACUGUCCGUGCAAGAAGUCCACGUUUGAAGGAAACGAAGUGGAGUAUUUUACCGGUAUAGUGCCUUUGCAAAAAUACGAUUUUUGUUAUUCCAGUAUAGAUUAAACGUAAAAUUUUGUCAGGUCAGAAAGCCAUUGACACCCUUGUCGAUUCAAAGAAGUUUGGGGCUAGCUCGAAAGAGCCAAAAUUUUCGACUCGUGAACAAGCUGCGGCUUUCUUGAAAGUGCUCCUAGAGCGUGGAUAUUUCUUCAGGGCCAAGGUAUUGGUUCCUAGACCAAAGCCUCGUCCAGGAGCGAAUCAGGAUACGAAGGACUCCCCAAGGGUUAGAAGAUUAAAGGAAGAAAAAGAAAAGGCAGAGGAAAGUGCCAGGGAUAAUGAAACGGCAAACGAGUCAUCGGCUGAGCAAAAGAAGGUAUGUUAAUGUGGACAUAAAUCUAUGUUUCCAAUUUGUGUUCACUUUACUAUUUUAUAGAAUGAUGAACGGAGAAAGAAGAAGAUCAAAUUGAUCGUUCAUGAAAGCCAGUAUUUAAAUGAUGACUCGGAUGUGUAUGUGUGGAUAUACGAUCCAACGCCGUUAUACAAGAAGGUUAUUGGAAUUUUGAUAAGUAGGCGUCCUUCUUCCAAAAAUGAUUUCUCUUUAGUUCUUGGGGUUAUUGCCGGAUGUCUCUUCCCACUUUGGCCGGACUGGACCAAGCUCUCUGUGUAUUAUAUAUCCAUGGCUGGUAUCAUUUUCUUUGCUGUUAUUUUGGGUAUUGGAAUCGGUAAGUUGCCCAUUCGAAACUUUUAAUAUGAAUAUUUUUAGCCCGCACUAUUUUGUUUGGAGUAAUAUACGCCGUCACAAUGGGAAAACAUCGUUUCUGGUUCUUACCUAAUCUCUUGGCCGACGUUGGUUUCUUUGAAUCAUUCCAACCAGUUUAUACAUAUGAAUAUGUGGACUCUGUAAACCAAAAGGAUGUGAAGAAGGAGAAGAAGAAAGCAAAAUCAAGCGGUGAUGUAGAAACAAAGAAGGAUAAACCUAAGAAAGACAAAGGUUAGUUGAAGACUUUAUGGUAUCAUAUUAGGGACUAUGUUUUAUGUGCAAAAAGACUUCGCUGUCCGCAAUUUGUAUGUUACUCUUAAAGUAAUGUAUUUUACUCUUUCUUCCGUGUUAUCCACGCUAUAGGCACGCACUCAUGGUGACAUUGUAUAUAGUAUCGGUGAUUUAAUAUUUCGGCAAAUACUUGCCACGUGGUUUUUAACGAAACCAAUAUCAUUUGAAAAAGCAUAAAAUAGUGUACAGCUGAAAAAAUAGCAAAAUUUCCGCCGUCACUUUAUAAGGACUUGGAAUUUCCACAGAGUUGUGUCCAGUUGGCCGGGUGGUGGUGGCCUCACUUCCUGCGCAUAAUGUCCUGGGUUCGACACUCUGCCCUGACAUUUUUUUGUAUAUCAUUUCUCCUGUAUGCCACAAAUCGAUGAUAUCUUGCCAUUUUUGAAUAAUUUUUGUUCCUUCACAGACAAAGUUUACGGGAUUUUUUGAAUUUGUUAAAUUUGAUGGUGAUGAGAGGUCGAGAUACGAUUGAUGUAUACUGCCUAUAUUAUCUUGUUUUCGUGACAAAUAGAAAACUGUAAAGUCAGCCAAAAACGCUGUUUUUGACCCAGUGAAUCAACCGUUAGUAAAGCGGGGACAUAAGAAAUUUUCGAUUUUGAGAUUUUCGUUGCGAACGACCACGACCAUCAUAUAAAUUUAUUUCCAAAUCCUUUUUCUUCAAUUUUCCCAUUAACCUAGUUUCAUUUACAAUUUUUUGUAACUAACAGUAAGGGCGAAUGGCGGCGAUACGACUUUUCGGGUCAACGAUACUAUGGAUCGCGUCGGUUCGUCCUUUUAUGCAUGUGGGAGAGAGAAGGCUUAGUAGAAAUUAUAAGAUCCGGGUGCAAGCAUAUCUUUUCACCUAUUUUGUGGUAUUUUAAAUCUACCAAUAACAUCUAGAUAAAAGUUACGGAUCUUCGUUUUUUGCCACAAAUUUUGGUACUUUAUAUGUUACAAUAAUUCAGGAUAAAGGGAAAUAACGUUUGUAAUAUGUCGAAUAACUCUCAUAACCGAGUAUUAGCGAAGUCAUAAAACGACUGUGGUAAACGUUUUUGGAUACACUAUUUUCGAAGCUCUUUCAAAUGAUACGUUUGGUUAAGAAACCAGGUGGCAAGUAUAUGCCGAUCCCUUGUAGAGUAUUAGAAGCAUGUACACCUUUUAUUCAUGUUUUUCUAGUAUAAUAGAGGAGUGAUUGUUACUUUAAACACCAACUGGUUUUUUCUUGGGUCCCUUCAUUUGCCGACAGUGAGAAACGAGUCCUAUUCGAAUUUUAAUAUAAUUUUAUUUAGAACGAAAAGAGGAGAAAAAGGUAGAAGAGGAAGAACAAACUUUAAUUAAUGACCGUGAGAACGAAGAAGCGGAGAAAUAUUCAAAUCCGUCUUCAGAGGAAUCAGACGAUAAGGCCGAAGAGGAUAAUGAGACCGGUUCCAGUAGUGCCGUUGAUGCAAGUCCAAAUCCCGCUAAGAAAGACUUGAGAAAGCGUCGAAAUGUCAGAAAAGCGGAUGAGGAUGACUUUGUUUUGGUCGACGGCGAAUAG